GCAGAGUCCUCUUCGACCGGUAGUACUAAUGAUGUUAGCGCAUGAUUGGACUAUGCCUGUCUCUUAUACACAUCUAGAUGUGUAUAAGAGACUAGUACUAAUGAUGUUAGCGCAUGAUUGGACUAUGCUCCCAUCGUGUGAUAACUCGUUAGGCUCCCGUACCGGUCCGUCUACGGCUACCAGGUACACUGCGGUGAUGCAUACUGCCCCGAUCUUCAUCACAACGUCCUUUUCCGCUGAGAUCUCUGUGCGGCCUACUCCGUCGUUACCUAGGCUAUCAAUCGUGUUGUCGGCAACGCUGGAGGUUUCGUGCUCCUUGUGCCCCUUGGGAUUGACGCUCCUGUGCUCGCUGAGGGUAGCAGUAUCGUUGGGGUCACGAGAGGUCGGACGGAAGCACCAUGGAAUCCCUGCGCAGGAGAUGUUGGAUGAGCACGUCGCAGAGAUUGAUCCUGCGGGGCAUCAUCCUGAGGACUCUGUUGCCCCUCAAGUGCUGUGGAUUCCGGACCUGGUUACUGGUGACAAAGCGUGGCUUGCACGAUUCCGCCCUCCCUCCCGACCUACCCAAGCCUUGAUUGCAUGUGCACAGAAGCAAGUGAUUGCUGAGGUCAAGGAGAGAUCAGUUACCCCCGAGAUUCAUACCCUUCCCCUAGUCGAGUUCCUGUCUUUUAAUGAUUGGGCCGAGUUGAUCUACCUCUAUCGACACAGGAGGAAUGAGUUUGUCGACACCUUGAAUAGAAUGGCUAGGGCAACGAUAGUUGUAGACGAAGCUAUGAAAGUUGAGGAUAGGACGAUAAACACGAGCACCAUUGAUGCUGAGGUGAAGUUUGUCGGGAUCUGGGGAGCUGACUCGCAAUUCCACAAGGAAAGGGUAGUGCGCGGAGUUGUGAUUGCUGAUGAAGUGGCAUUGGAGGAUGAUGAGGAUGAGAUGACCGAAGAGGAGAAGGAGUACAUGAGGAAGAAGGAGGUUGAGGUGGCAAGGACUAAGGCUUGCCUUAUGACGAACACGAAGAAAUCCUUCACAGAUGCUCGGAGGAACGCGUUCCUCCCCUUUGCUUCUCCUAGAUGGGUAGAGACAAUGUCUACUGCGUUCUCUGGCAAAAUCUGGUCUCUCGAGACCUUUAAUUAUCUUGCCCCGAUUGACCAAAGGGGGUACAAAUUGUUAGCUUCCCUCACUCAAGACGAGAUGAAGUCAGCGUUCGAGAGAGCGUUGGACAUGAACACUCCACCUCCGGAAGUCAAAUUCCCGUUCAGUGGGGAUGGGACGUUCCUCCCCCCUAUAUCCUCGAUGGAUGGCAACAAGUGUUCUCUGCCUCGCCCGAAUGUCUUGAUCAAGGGCAAUAAGCCCCCUCAGAAUCCAUCUGCGUUUGCAGAGCUUAAAAGAGUGUGGAAUCUAGGUAGGCCGUACUUAAAGUGCAGAUGUUGUUCUGAGGGGAAGGCCGAUUGUGGAACGGGCCCCGCAUGGUUUGAUCACCUGAUCUGGUUCCUUUUGUACAACCUGGAUGUCCUCUACCCAGAUGCACCAACCCCGAGGGCGAAAGUGUCCUCCCUGAUCAAGUGUCUUUCCACUUGCUGGAAACCAUUGAUGUUGACGUCUCUGUCGUUUGGAUGUGUGAGAGAAGUGAUGAUGCUUCUUGCCAAAAAGAUUGUGGCAAAUCCGUCCCUGACGAUCGACUCUGUGUUGGUUGGCGUGAAUGGCGCCGAUCGAAAGGCAUUCAAGGAGUGUGCGAAGCUGCUCCUUAUGAGUAUGCAAGGGAUCCUGAUCAAUGGGCCCUCUGGGAGAAAAUGGUGGGUGAAGCUGGAUAGUAAGGACGGCCCUGCUCGCAAAUUUGUGCAUAUCCAUUAUGUUGGCAGGCAAUUGGAGGGGUUCGACCCCAAGAAAAUCUUUGAAUCUGUUGUUUCACGUUUUGUCAAUGUCCACAUAUUGACUGUGUUCCUGUCCAUAGUUUAUGGAUGGACGUAUGAUGAGCCCAUCAAUAAAAAGUGAAGUUCGAUUUUUAUUGGACCAUCUUUAUGUCGCAGGUACGGAUAAAGCUGCUAACACUCU